AUCGAGGUUGGGAAGAAGCGGCGCAAUCCAUUGCUCACUAUCAAUCAAAAAGUUAGUCACUACUUUAUCUUAUCAGCUCGGCCUCAUACUCCCGCUUGAUAUAGAUCUUGGUUCCUUUACCUAUCAGCCCCAACGUCAUUAGCCUUGUCCCACUAGUUCUUGGAUGCGCCGUAAGGGCAAAGUCGGGUCCUGGUCCUCCCGUACUUUAUUUAUCUCAGAUCCCCCUCUUAUCUAUCCUCCUUCCCCUGCUCCGAUCUCUACGGCCUGCUAUACACAGCGCUAAAAACACAACACAGAGAGCAAGCAGCUCAACAUGGUCGAACACGAAGCACCCAUCGUCUCUCACGGCCGAGGAGGUUUGUUUUGUUUCUGGUCAGACUACACCCGUUCUGCAAACACAACUGACACAGCAUCGCAACCAGGACAAGGAAACAUCGGUCCAGAUAGUAACGAGUACAUUGACGGUGGCAUAGUCCGCGAAGGGCCCAUCGGUGACCAAGGUGACGGGGCUUAUUCCGCUGGUGCAACAUCGGCUCCCCACAUGUAAAACCAACAACCAAAAUUCCGCACGAUGCGGAGUUCAUCCCCGAAAUAUCGGUGCGC